UCGUUUCCUUUGAAAGUCCCACAAACACAAAAAUAUUUUUUUCAAAAUUAUUGGGUUUUAAAUAUUGUUAAUAUAGUUUAUGAGAUGACGUGUGAUUGCGUCAUUAAACAACAUUCUUAUGUAUUCGAAAUUCUGUAAUGUGCAUCUCUAGUGAGGUCCUUGUCAAGGACCUGUGAUUUAGGUUACUACGUUUUAGUUAAAAAUUUAGCAGUAUGUUUUAUUUCGUUCUAUAUGGGUGAGGUCCUUGUAGAGAACCUAGGAUUUUAACUCUACAUUUUAAUUACAAACUUAAUAGAACGUUUUGAAUCUGUUCUAUGUGGGUGAGGUCCUUGUCAAGAACCUGGGACUUAGACCAGAAUUUCCUAAUUACGAGCAUUGUAAAUACAUUAAACAACGCUUUAAUGCCUUUAAAUUAAAAGGUAUAUUGACCAAAUAUUACAUAUUCAUUCUAUUCUAUAUAGGUGAGGUUCUUGUUGAGAACCUAGGAUUUUUACCACCAAUGACAUAAUUAAAUGUUAUAUACAUAUAUAUAUAUAUGUAUAUAUGUAUAUAUAUAUAUAUAUAUAUGUAUAUUUACCAUUUAAAUGGCUUAAAAUGUAAUUCAAUUAUAAACGGCAGUGGUGAUCAUACUCGUAUAAUUAAACUGGAAAUUAUAAUUACAGCUUAUAAAAUACAUAUAUGAUUUACAAUUUAUAAUUAGUAAUGCAAAUUACAUUAAGGACUUUAUUACUAAAUGAAGCAUUUGUUGUUUAAUGCCAUGAGAUUGUUGUAUUAUUUGCAGAAUACUACUGUUUUGCAUUUCCCAGUUGAAUUUCGGAAAAUAUACUCAUUUAAUAUCUAUCCAUUUUUAAGAAAUACAGUUGGAAUAUCAGCAACUGAUUCCAAUCAUAUAGUAGAAAAAAUUGAUUGCCCAAAAUUGGUGAAAAAACAGUUUGGUGUGUCAACCUACACCGCUACUGAAACGUGCUGUUACGCGAACUUUACAAGUACUUGGCCAAGAGAAAUAAAAACAGGAGAUUCAAGAUUUGAUUACCAGCACAACAGUAUUAACCUAACUAUAUCAUGGCUGCCACCUAUUACUAAAGGAUUCGAAUACUUUUAUACCCGGAUUAUGGCACGAAAUUUGCUACAAAAAGUGGCAAAACUAACUCCAUACACGGAAGAAGUAAACACAGAAAACAUAACAAACCAAACAAGUUGUGUCAAUUCAAGCAGUGUUUACCAAACUACAGCAUAUUUACUCGAGCCAGGGGAAAUAUACACUAUUUUUAUACAAGCAAUUUACCCGGUCAACACUGAAACAUAUACACACACUAUUAGUAGGGCAACACUAGAUUUUACAGCACCAGAGCUGAAUUUAUGCGAGGACAAAUACUGUGACAAGCGUGCCAACUGUUCAUCUACAAAUAUAACACAAUCAAUAAUCCCAAAAUGUGUUUGCUGGACUGGUUACUAUGGCAAUGGAAUAAAUUACAAAAUAGAUCCUAUUGGUGACGGUUGUACUGAAUUAAACGCGUGUGGUCCUUUAUACAACCCGUGUGUAUUGGAAGGUAUAUGUGAAGAUUAUGAACCACCAUCUGUUUCUGCUGGUUGUUCAUGCCCUGAUAAUUAUAUAGGGAACGGAUACAUAAACGGCACCGGUUGCACAGCAAGACAUAUUCUUGCACUACAAAUUACAGCGCCCGUUAUUGUGGUAUUUAUAACUAUAGCAACCGUGGCUUGGUUGAAAAUUCGGAAAAUUUGGAAACAAAAAAUGGAUGAAAAAUGGUCACAAUUUGUGGCAAAUGAAGAGGAAGGAAUUACUAUGAGGACGAUGAGACAACUUGAAAAUGAAGCUCUGCCAACAUUUGAGCAGAAAUGGGAACUGGACCGCGAACUACUAAAUAUUGGAGAUAUUUUGGGGCGUGGGAAUUUUGGAUUGGUUCACAAAGCUACAUACAAUAUGGGGAAUAACUCAAAUGGAACAGAAGUUGCUGUUAAGAUGUUACAAGAAACAGCUGGGACAAGCGAGAAUCUAACUGAAUUUCUUUCCGAGAUACACUUUAUGUUAAAUAUUGGAAGACAUCCAAAUAUUCUAAGCAUUAUUGGAUGCUGUACAACCAGUAAACCAGUAUUAAUGGUAACUGAACUACUCAAGUAUGGAGACUUACUACAGUUUUUGCUAUCUUCAAGAGAGCCAAACAAAAUCACAGAGAACAGCAUAUACAACAUGACCACACAAAAGCUAUACCACAUGGCACACCAUGUUUCUCUAGGCAUGCAAUACCUUGAAAAAAACAGGAUAAUUCAUGGAGACUUGGCAGCAAGGAAUAUUUUAGUUGGGGAAAACUUAGUUUGCAAAAUAUCGGACUUCGGACUCGCUAAUGAUGUUUAUAGGUAUGGAGUAAUAAAAGACAGACGAGAAAAAUGUCUUCCAUUUAGAUGGGUAAGCCCUGAACGAAUGAAAGCUGGAGAAGUCCCUAUUACACCUCGUAGCGACGUAUGGUCGUUUGGAAAUCUUCUUUAUGAGAUGGUUACUCUUGGUUGCUCCCCGCAUCCAGGAGUUGAUCCGGAGGACCUUCUGAAGAAGUUGGAAGACGGUUAUAGGAUGGAGAAACCCAAAUCAUGCAGUGAUAAAAUGUAUUCCUUAAUGCAACGAUGUUGGCUUUGGGAACCGUACUGUAGACCCUCAUUUGAUAAGAUCGAGCACGAGUUACGCGUUCUGUCCACAUCUGACGCCAUUGUAGAGAACGUAUGACUUGAAAACGACGAUAAAUAACCCUAUACCUAUGUCUUGUUGUGUUUCUGAUUACAUUUGACCUGAAUAGGCAGUUAAUAGGUAAACAAAGCCGCAAACAGGCUUAAACUGCAGCCUAUGAUAACAGACUGCGGUUAUCUCCAAUCUUGAAGAGAUAUCGCCAUGUGUUGCCCUUUUUUCGUAAAAAAUAGGAGAGAACUAUGGACUCUGCCUUCGAAAAAACAAUAAAACAGCAUACAUAUUAACUUAAUAAACCAUGCAAAA